AUGGUCCGCAAGUUAAAGUUUCACGAACGGAAACUACUGAAAAAAUUUGACUUCAUUAAUUGGGAAUGUGACAAUAAUUUACACGAAGUGAAAAUAAUUAAACGAUUUCAUAUUCAGAAAAGGGAAGACUACACCUUGUAUAACAAACUCUCACGAAAAAUAAGAGACAUUGCUGAGAAGCUCAAAGACAUAGAUGAAAACGACCCAUGGAGAACAGAAAUGACUGCACUCUUAACAGCUAAACUGCACAACUUAGGUUUAAUACCAACAAAAAGAAGUCUUAUGCUAGCUUCAAAAGUUAAUGCCUCUUCAUUUUGUCGAAGAAGGCUUCCUGUAAUUCUGAUGCGUUCGAAAAUGGCAGAAACUAUGAAAGCGGCUGUGACGUUUGUUGAACAGGGACACGUCCGUGUGGGACCAGAUAUUAUUCGGGAUCCAGCAUACCUAGUUACAAGGUCUAUGGAAGAUUAUAUAACAUGGGCCUCUCGAUCUAAAAUACGGAAACAGAUUGAAGAAUAUAAUGGAAUAAGAGAUGACUAUGACGAUGUUUAA